CCCUUGUCUCCUAUUUUCCCGCUGAUAGCUGGUGAUUGAUGGCCCGCCCGUUCAGCUGUGGAACUCACAUUCGGCAUUUGGCUCGUCCUCUCGAUCAACUAUUGUGGUAGUGGUUUAGAAGCUUCAAAAGCCUGGUAGGGUUCGGAUGUAAUCUAGGAAUGCUGUAGUCAGGCAACUUACCACGCUGGCAGCAUAUCAGCAUGCGCUUGUCAAGUCAAAAUCUUAGACACCCCUUCUCACUUCAAUCUCCAAAAGGCAGAUAAUCAUCUGACACUACUCAUGGCUCCGCCGGUUUCUAUUGGCGUGGCGAGACGACUAUUGCCCCUGUUCCUCGCCAGCGUUGCAUUAUUUUCCCACCAGAGACCUGGACCGCUGAUCCGCGCGGCGGAGUCCGCGGGCCUCCCGCCGUCGCCGUACGAGCGCGAGUGGGCGCAGUACCGCGGAGCGGACGGGUUACUGUCGCUCGACUAUCUCAAAGCGUCGCACACGUCGCACAGCGACGGCCUCCGAGGGCGGAAAGCCCUGGAUCAGAUAUUCAAAGUCGUCUUCUGCUCCCCUAAUCCCGGCCCCGCGGCUCCCCCAAAUAUCAACCUCCUUAAGAACCCGCGAUUUCAGGAAGGCCUGUCCGCGUGGCAGGCCUUCGGCGACUCGUCCUUACGCCGCGCGCAGGCCGCGAACUACUCGUACGGCGUGUCGUACGCGCGGCGCGAGGAGUACGCGGGGCCGGCGCAGAUGAUACGCAACCUGCCGGCCGCAGCGUACGAGCUGGCGAUCUGGGUCAAGCUGGGCGCCGGCGGCGCGCCGGCCGGCGGACCUGCCGGCGGCGGAAUUUCCGGGGGAAUUUUCGGCAGAUCUGUGGGCAAAAUCUCCGCCAGCUCAGCUGCCGGUGGGUCUGUUGUCGCAUCUGCCGGCGGCCGGCAGUACGUGAACGCGAUGGCGAAGAUCGACGGCAAGUAUGUGUGCAUCGGCGGCGCGAACGCGCGGUCGUCGUGCUGGACGAAGCUGAUUGGCGGAUUCACGCUGCAUCGGACGGCUGCGGAGGUCGCGGUGUACAUCCAAGGGGCUACGGUGGGCACGGAGAUCUGGGUGACGUCAGCAUCGCUGAUCGAAGUGAAUAAGAAGAUGUGGCGACAACGACAGAACGAUAAUAUCAGAAAGUACCGCCAGCGCGACGUGACCCUGAGACUGCAUGGCACGGGAGCGAUGUCUGCUAGGGUGCAGAUCGACCAGGUGACGUCGGGAUUCCCGUUCGGAGCUAACGUGAACGGCGCUAUCCUCUACGACCGCAACUACCAAAGGUGGUUCUUGAGCCGCUUCAACUGGGCGGUGUUCAACAAUGAAGCCAAGUGGUACUUCAACGAGCAGAGCCCGGGCGUGGUGAACUACAACGUGACUGACGCGCUGGUGGAGUGGUUUACCAGGAGAAACGUCAAAGUGCGCGCGCACAACGUGUUCUGGGCGGUUGAGAAGUUCGUCCAGACAUGGGUCAAGGACCUCAACAACACCGCCCUAUGGAAGGCAAUGCAAAGGCGAAUGAACAGUGCGGUGCAGAGAUAUCGGGGGAAGGUGCAGCACUGGGACGUCUUAAAUGAGCCCAUGCACGGCAACUACUACGGGGGCCGCCUGGGCGGCAACGUGCACGCGUGGAUGUUCAAAGCGGCGCGGGCGCUUGAUCCUAAUGUCAGGCUGUUUCUUAACGAGUACAACACUGUGGAGCAGUGCGACAAGGAGGCCAACCCAGAACGUUACUUAGAGAAGGUGUGGAAUCUAACAUCUAGUGGGGCGCCAGUGACAGGCAUUGGCGUGGAGGCACACUACAGUGGGGAGCCCCAGCUGGUCCGUCUAAAGCAUGAUUUGAACAAACUCGCAGUGGCAGGCAUGCCUAUAUGGCUUACCGAGUUAGACUUUAACGAGGUGCAAUCGGAGAGGCAAAGGGCGGACUACCUGGAGGCGGUGAUGCGGGAGGCCUUCGCCCAUCCCAGUGUGGCCGGCAUGGUGCUCUGGUCGGCCGGUCGCUCCACGUGCGCUUACUAUAAGGACAUGGACCCUGGCAUGUGCAGCACGUGCGAUGCAUGCUUGGCGGACGCCAAGUUUGUGGACAACCUGGCUGGGACAAGGUAUGUGCGCCUGCGCAAGGAGUGGAGCACACAUCUUAUAAGACAGGUUACCUUUGGAAGCCCCGUCAAGUUUAGAGGCUUUCAUGGCAAGUAUCGUGCACGGAUUACUGUGAAUGGGAGGCUUAUCGAGAGGUACUUUUAUGUGCCCAAGCAAACAACUGGCUUAAAUGUAGAUAUUAGAAUCUAAUGGAGGAAAUGCCGGUAGUUAUCAUAGAGACUUAUGGUCAACCUCCUCGGUUGCUGAUAUAUAGUCUCAAUUUUGAUUGAACCAUAUGCUAAUACAAAUGACUCCCACUA